GUCACAAGUCGAAAAAAGAUCAGUCGGUCGCGAUCUGUCGUCGGUAUUUCUGAUCGCUGUUCAUUCACAAACCUCGAACUUCCACCGCUUUGGGAAACCGUUCUUGCCAACACCGUUUGGUGUUUGUGUUAGGUGCAGGAACAAACCACGCACCACCGCGACCCGGACCUAUUCCAGGUUGAAAACAUUUUGAACCAUGCAAGCGGUUUUGAGUGCCAAUCCCAACGAUCUGGAGGAUUAUUACGGAUUAUUAGGAUGCGAUGAGUUAUCGUCGACUGAACAGAUUCUCUCUGAAUACAAAGUUAGGGCCUUGGCUUGUCACCCGGAUAAACACCCUGAUGACCCACAAGCAGUGGUGAACUUUCAAAAAUUACAAGACGCCAAGGAAGUUUUAUGUGAUGAAGCUAAAAGAAAGAAUUAUGAUCUUUGGAUGAGAAGUGGAGUCACCAUUGCAUUCCGUGACUGGUUGGCGUUGAACGACUCUGUAAAAACAUCGAUGCACUGGGCAGUGAGGACUAAAAAGGAGCCCAUGUUGGAGGCGGCAUGUGAAGAAACUCUCACUGCGGAGCACCAUGGUAAACUGGAAGAGUCCAUGGAGAGGGCCUCAUAUAAUGGUGACCAGUGUCAUCGGCGUUUCCGUUGGGCAGGCGAUCCUCCCUCUGGUCUCCUACAGAAGUUUAGAAAUUAUGAAAUCUAACUAUUACUGUUGUUUUACUCUGUGUUUAGUAGCAGAGUGUGUUGUUUUUGUGUAAAAUAUGAUUGCUCUGUCCGUGAUGAGUGGUUUGUAAAUCACUGAGUUCUGCUGACAUUUAUCAUUUGCGCAACGCGGAGAUCUGACGUGUCGUUUAAUGUGAAGAAAAUGUAGCAGUUGCUUUAAAGAACAAGCUUCGUCAAAAUACA